CCUCAGAACCUCAGCAAGUGCAUCCUACAAUCUAUAUCUGUAGGCGCCACCACGGCCAUUACUCUUUUAUCUCGUUUUAUCACUUGAAAAAAAGAAAAACAAAAACAAAAACAUGGCCCAGCACGGAGGGUUCUGGUUUGGUGCGGAUGUGGACAUCCUGUUCGCUGGAUGGCCUUCUGGUCAUGGCCACUUCCAUUUCUACAUGGCCCUAGUCCUCGUGUUCAUGCUGUCGAUGUGCGCCCAGAUGUAUGCAAUGACUCCCAUGACCUCCCCCAAGAUGGUUCCUAAGAGUCUCAUCCAGCACGCCGCCCUCCAUUGCUUUCGUACUUUCAUCAACUUCUUGGUCCUCCUCUGUGUCAUCACCUUCAACCUUGGAGUCUUAAUCACAGUACUCCUGGGCCACGUAGGCGGCUACGUAGCUCUCACAAUGUACAUCCACUAUCACUUCCCGGCCCCCGUCGCUGAUGCCCCGGAUAACGAUGAAAAAGCCUGACGAACCCUCUAGCCACCGAGUUUCCGUAUCAGUACUUAUUCUGAUGGCUACUUCGUUUAUUUAUAUACUUAUCUAUUUAUAUGGGGAGGUGACUUGAGAGUAGAGGUCUCUAUUCCUCCAUUACAGACUAAGCUGUAGUGUGCGCAUUCACAGGUUAUUGUUACUCUUAUACUUUUUUUUUUUGGUUGAAAUUGGAACAUGCUACUGAUGCUUUUAAGUGUGUUAGUUAAUAAAAAUAUAGUUCUUUGUUCCGAA